AUGCCAUACCUCGUACGCGAGAAUUUGUUCAUCGGCAACAUUGGAGAUGCUGCAGAAGUUCUCCAGAAUGGAAGUGAUGACAUCACACACAUUCUCUCGGUCCUAAGCUCAGCUUCGAUUUCGUUCUUCUCGGAGUGGCGAAGUGAGACCUAUAACCGUGGAGAGAAAAUAGAUAGUUCCAAGUUCGGGCCUGACCCUAGCUUCCCUGCUGAAAAGCUUUCUUCCAAUUCCAAAAUAUUGACCAAUAAGGAAGCUCGGCCCAAUACUCCUGCUUACCGUUGCAAGAAAUGCCGCAGGCUAGUUGCCUUGAAAGAAAAUGUCGUGGAUCAUGUUCCGGGAGAGGGCGAAACGUGCUUCAACUGGCGUAAAAGGAGUGGUACUUUUAGCAGAUCUGAAGAUGACGAGUGUUCUUCUAUCUUUAUCGAGCCUCUUUGCUGGAUGAAAUCUGUUGAAGAAGGUGGUCUGGAGGGAAAGCUAUCGUGCAUCAACUGUGAAGCUCGUUUGGGUUACUUCAACUGGUCCGGCAUUCAGUGCAGUUGCGGAAGCUGGAUCACACCUGCAUUCCAGCUUCACAAAAGCCGAGUCGACAUCAGCACUAUCUAG